AUGGCCAAACAACCAAUACGUCGAACCCUCCUUUUUCCUAUGGAUCUUGGGUCACUCGUCCAAUAUCAACGAUCUGUGUUCCCUAUAAGUCGAGUGCAGAGGAAAGGCCUCAUCGGUGAGGUGGACUUCUUCCUCGAAUCCACACUAGAUGAGAUUUUCAGGAUGCGCAACUUCGUAGGGAACACAAAGAACUUUCAACUUCUCAUCAAGAACGCGACGACACGAUACGAUGAUCUUAUGAUAGAUAAACAGGAAAUAGAACAACAGCGAAAAUCUUUGAACCCCGUCAAAAAAUUCUCCGCAUAUCGUUCAGUUCGAUUACUUUUGAGCGCAGGGGAAGUUUUAUACGAAGACACAAAGACUAUAUCCGAGAAGAUGAGGAGAGGAUUGCUCUCCAUUGAAGUCGACAGAGAGGACGUACAGUCAGUAAUGCUAGACGACGAUCUGCCAUCUAACGCUCGCAUUAGCGGGAUCGCCAUUCCACUGGACUCGGAAUCUCAACCGGCCGAAAUCACAGCUUCAUAUUAUGAUGCUGCGAUCAAAUUCGCGGCUUCCCAAAAAAACACAUAUGGCAAGGACCCGUUCGCAGAUGAAUAUGCAGUGGAAAAUUCUCAAGCUAAUGCAGAACACAGACACAGUUCAACUACCGGCUCGGCCAUGGCGACGAGCGAUGGGGGAGCUGCAUCAUCAAGUUCUCGUCUUUCUGGAGCAUCUGGCAACGACUUUUCCUUCCAAAAUAGCGAUGUUGCUCCGAUAUCUACAAUAUGA